UGUUACUAAGUUAUAUCAUUUGGUACUAAAAUAUCACGUAUACAGUGCUAUUAUCAUCCAACUGUAGUUAAUAUAAAACAAAUUUCGUGAUAACACACCCUACAACUGAUAACACCAUGUAAAAUAUUAACAGUAUAAUAAUCAAAUGUGUCUCCUCGUAUAUAAAGUCAUUUAACGAAGCUAGCCAGCUCAUAGCACAUUAUGCGUUAAAUGUGUUAAGAACUUCUAAAAUGUCGUUCUUAUAUAUUACUCUCGGAUUAAGUGCAUUGGUUUACGCGUUAUACUACUAUUUCACAAGAACAUUCAACUACUGGAAGAGCAGAAAUGUUCCCGGACCUGAACCAAUCCCAUUCUUCGGGAACAUCAAGGAAUCAGUUCUACGACAGAAGAAUAUAGGAGUCGUAAUACAUGACAUCUACAAGGCGUUUCCAAAUGAAAAAGUCGUUGGACUUUAUAGAAUGACUUCUCCUUGCCUCCUCGUUCGAGACUUGGAAAUAAUAAAACAUAUCAUGAUCAAAGACUUCGAGGUGUUCACGGAUCGUGGAGUGGACUUUAGCAAACAAGGAUUGGGACAAAAUUUGUUCCACGCUGAUGGAGAAACCUGGACGGCUUUGAGGAAUAGAUUCAGUCCUAUUUUCACCACAGGUAAACUAAAAAAUAUGUUCUACCUAAUGAAUGAAGGAGCUGACUCGUUUGUGGACUAUGUCAGUACAGAAUGUCAAUCAAGACAAGAGUUCGAAGUCCAUCUUCUCCUGCAAUCAUAUACUGUGUCUACAAUUUCCGCCUGUGCUUUUGGAGUAAGCUAUGACAGCCUCCAGGACAAAAUGGAGGCCUUGAAACUAGUAGAUCAAGUAAUUUCAUCACCAAGUUACAUCGUCGAGUUAGAUAUGAUGUAUCCAGGACUCUUGCGAUCUCUAAACCUUUCUCUUUUCCCCAAAGUUGUAAUGAAAUUCUUCGAAAAUCUUGUCGACAAUAUUAUUACUCAGAGGAAUGGUAAACCAUCAGGAAGAAAUGAUUUCAUGGAUCUCAUAUUAGAACUUCGUGAAAAGAAAGAAGUUAACAGUACGAAAUUUGGGCACAGUGGCAAAACUCUAGAAAUAACGUCUGAUGUGAUUGCGGCUCAAGCUUUUGUAUUCUAUGUCGCCGGGUACGAGACUAGUGCUACUACAAUGGGCUACAUGUUGUACCAACUAGCCAUGAACCCAGACGUCCAGAAGAAGUUGACCGCGGAAAUUGAUGAAGUAAUCCAAGCAAACAAUGGACAAGUAACAUACGAAACGAUUAAGGAAAUGAAGUAUUUGAACAAAGUGUUCGAUGAGACUCUACGAAUGUACUCAAUUGUAGAACCUCUGCAGAGGAAAGCUGUAAGAGAAUACAAAGUGCCCGGGACUGAUUUGACUAUAGAGAAGGACACGAUAGUACUUGUGUCGCCAAGAGGUAUUCACUAUGAUGAGAAGUAUUACGAUGAUCCUGAAGUAUUCAACCCUGAGAGAUUUGACCCGGAGGUGGCGGGCAAUCGUCAUCCAUGCGCUUACUUACCAUUUGGAAUUGGACAACGAAACUGUAUCGGUAUGCGGUUUGGCAGACUUCAAUCUCAAUUAUGUAUAACGAAGCUGUUGUCCAAAUUCCAAGUGGAACCGUCUAAGAACACUGCCAGGAACUUGGAGGUUGAACCGCACCGUGGUAUCAUCGGUCCAAAGGGAGGAAUACGUCUGAACGUUAUACCCAGAAAAAUAAAAUCUUAAAAACUAGUUUGUACCGACCGAAAAAUAUCCAGAAUCGAGACUGCAUAAAGGAAAAUGUAUCUAUUGGGUUGUGUAAAAUAAUGUUGUUAAUAUUUUAUUGUAGGUUACAAUGUGUCAAUCGACACAGGAAAGUAAGGGAGAGAAAAAAUUGAAUUAAAGUCAGUCUUAAUUUUCACUCGUCCGUUGUUGAAGAGAAAAAAACGUUGAGAUCUAAAUAUCUAUAAAAGAUAAAGCUUUAAUUGUUAAAAAAAAUAACUAAUACUUCUCAAUACGCGUUUUUAGUUAGGUGAGUUAUUGUAAAGUCUGGAAAGAAACACCAAUUUAAACUCAAGGUACCUUUUGGCGAACGAAAAUGAAUGAAAUUUGUCUAUUUUUUUUAAUAAUGAUAGUAUGUGAGGUUACCUAAACAAAGAGCUAUCGUAACUCAUUAUUAUGUAAGUCUUAAUAAAAAAAAUAUGUAUAUUUGAUAUAAUAAUCUUACCGGAUUAUGAGACUGACAACGUGAAAAGAUACGGUAGAUAAGUUUGUUACUUUUAUUUGUAUAAAAAAGGCGUUACUAUUAUCUUACAUUGUCGAUUGUUUAAUGUUUUGAUAAUGUAUGUGUCUGCGUGUGUGUGUGUUUGCGAAUGACAUUACCACAUUCAUAGUUAAUUGUCAGGUUUAAGGAAAAUGCAUGUUGCCUAUCUAUCUAUACUGAUAUUAUAAAGCUGGAGUUUGUUUGUUUAUUCACACUAGUCUCAUGAACGAUUGGUUCGAAUUUAAUUAUUAUUUUGUUGUUCAAUAGAUUAUUUAGCGAGGAAGCCAGCGGGUGAAACCGCUGUCGAAACAUAUUGUAUUGUAUAUCUAAAAGAAAGAAAAGAAACCAUUGCAGUUAUUGUAAAUAUUUAGUUUUAAACUUUUGUAAUGGUAUGUAAAUUGUUAAUUGUAAACUAUGUUAUAAAAAUAAAUACCUACAUUAAUAACUUUAUUUGUUUUUCUUUUAAAAUUAAAAUUAAAAUAUAUUGUCUUAUUACUGCAAAUAUGUUUGUGCUAUAAAGUAUAAGGUUCUGGAUCGAUAACACUAUUAACUCAUAGCGAUAUUAUUUAAAGGACUGAUACAUUAUUGAUAUGUUCAUUAUUUUAAAAACAAGUACAAAAUGUGUAAUUUUUGUUUUCAUGAGAUUAAAAUUAUAUCUUUGUAACUAAGUUGUGGUUUUGACUGCACGGUUGGUGCGGUGGCUGGGCACCUGGCUGCCGUGCAACACUUUGUGUGAUCUACAAAUACAGGUUCUGGGUCUGGGUGUCAUGUGUAUGUGAAAUUGUAUGUUUGUAACUGCACCCUUGAGAAAAUCCUAGUGUGGAGCAACGUUUUUUUAUAUAAAAAGUGGUCGAUCGGUCGAAAAAGUGACCGCCAAACUAGGAUUCUUCUGAAUUCUUGGGAGAGGAAAAUCAUCAAAUGACUCCUCUCGAAGUGUCAAAUUCUUACUGACCAAAACCUGCUUUUAGCAGUCAUAGCAGAUAAAUUUAAUUUUUUAAUUUCCAAAAAAUCUUUUCCUGGUCCUGUUACUACCCAGCCCCUUAAAACUUGUUAGGGUAUGUAAAAUGUAAUAUAAAAACAACACCAUGACUGGUAAAAACAGUUGCACACCUCUGCGUUGCCCUGGGGGGAAAACAGUGAUCGUGAUAAAAAUAAUCUUGUAAUCACAACCACUUAGAACGAUAAUUUAUAUUAUUAAUCCGUACAAGUUUUCACUUAGGUAUCUUAGUAAUCAAAACUCUCUUUUGGUAUACAAAGGGUAGUUAUUUAAAGAAUAUUUUAAAAUCGUCGUGGUUUGACAAAACUAUACAUUCAUCAUCAACAGCCCCUAAUUGCCACCAGUCAAAUGUCGACGCCAGGCGGGUUAGCAAAUAAAAUUAAAUGUACGUAAUGUACUUUUUUU